UGGGGCCGUCCCCAGAUAUACGUAUAUCGAUAACAGCAGCAUACCUAGCGAUCCAGGGGUCGACCAACCAAUCACAGCGAAAAGAAAGAGGGCUUAUACGAGAUUUUACUUAGUACCAGAAUUUCCACUGCUUUCUAAUCGCUGACUUAUUGAAAUUUCUAGGUAUACUUGGGGUCGCCACUAUGUAGUUAGCAUAUGAUAUAUACCUACCUAAGGUAUUUAGGUAGGUAUAUAUAUGUCCGCUAACAAUGUCUCCAAAUAUAUGAUGACGGGAAAUCAAGUUCCGCGACGUAUAAUAAGCAGUGUUGGAUUUCGCCUUGCCGUAAGCCGUUCGCUUCUACGACCUACCGCUACCACUCUACGUAGGCUUGGCGAUCGAGAACCAAUUCGCUAUUACGAUUGUACUUCCAUAUUCCUCCCUAUAUCUACAUACAAUCCACAACUUAGCCUUGCGCGUCGCAUUCACUCGAACGCCGCCAUGUCCUCCGUAGACCCGCCUUCCGAUGUAAGCAGUUCCGCAGCAGGGCCCAGUGCUUUGAAAGAGCCGACUACCACGAUCGCAAAAGCGGAAGGGGGAGAGGAAGCGCAGAAAGAAAAAGAAGAGAAGAAACUACCGCCCCUCAAGGGCGCCGAGUUCAGGGCAUACAAUAGGCUGGCGGAGCACAUGGACGUGUUCCACGCGCACUUCCGGACGUCGUGGAACGCGCUGUGGGCGGCGGCGUGCGCGGGGAACGGGAAGGGCAAGGGCGGGUCUUCGCGGGGCGGGCGCGGGGUGAUCAACGACGGGCUGGCGUUCGUGUCGCAGCUCGAGAUGCACCACAACAUCGAGGAGACGUACAUCUUCCCGAUCCUGGCGCGGCGGAUGCCCGAGUUCCGGACGGACGGCAAGGGGGGCAAGGGCGCGGCGGAGCUGCUGCGCCAGCACGAGGAGAUCCACGAGGGCAUGGAGGGCAUGCAGAAGUACCUGCGGGCGUGCCGCGACGGCGAGAAGGAGCUCGACAUGGCGGCCCUCAAGGAGCAGAUGCAGGGCUGGGGCGCGGUGCUCUGGAAGCAUCUCGACCAGGAGGUGCUGACGCUGGGGGCGGAGAAUAUGAGGCGGUAUUGGAGCGUUGAGGAGAUUAGGCGGAUUCCUAUGUGAGGUCGGCUCUAUUUUCGUGGGAAUGGGGGAUGUGAAGGUUUGGGUAGAGUGAUACGGAAUGGUCUGAUACCUAUUAGACCUAGAGACGGAUCGUCACAAGACGUCGUGGAGAACUUAGAGGUUAGAGAUAUCACCAUAGCUGUCUUGCGCCAUAGCUAGGUAUGUUAAAGACGCCAUAUUUGUUGCUUGGUUGCUUCAUCGCCCAAUCACGAUUCGAAUUAUACAGAACUCAGGAUAUUGAGUUCGCAAGCUUUACUAAUGACGCGAAGCUCACGUAGAAGUAUAAAUUAUUAGGAAGAAAUAAUCCAAAGUGAGAACGUCGUUGCUACGGAUGUUC